AAAAAUUCCGUGCUAGAAUCGAGAGUGAUAUAAUGGAGCGUGAUUAAAUAGAACCGUGACAAAAUCGAAAAACCACUGUACUACACAAAUACUUUACUGCUAUUGAUCUCUGUGCUGUGAAAUUAUUUGGGUUGUUUUAUAGCACUUUAAUCCAACUCCGGAAAAUUUGCCGAAAGAUAUGCAAAUCGAAUAAGAGUUCCAGCCAAUAAAACAGCUGCUUUUAUACAGUACAGUUUGUAAGCGGUCUGUAGGGGUAGGCGGGGCAUAAUGAGCAGGUGGGGCAUAAUGAGCACCUUGUAUUUUCACUGUAAAUCUUCAAAUUAACAAAACAAAUUGCUUGAUUGUAGCCCAAUUAUCUAAAAUCCAAUGAGUUGAUGACAAAAUAUUAGUCAAAAAAUCUGUUUACCUUAAAAAAAUAAUCAAAAUGCGUAAAGUGGUCAUGUACUGGGAAAAUAUUAUAAGAAUCAGGUGACCUAAAAUAAGGUUUUGGGAAUCGAAAUCACAACUUACUGUGCAUCUAUCGAUUUUCUUGAUAUUCCAUACGCCAAUGAAAUGUAUUUGUAACACUUUUCAACUAUUUGUAUAAUUAUUUUGUUGUAAAAAUAUGCUUCAAAGAGUUGGUAGUAGGGUGGGGCAAAAUGAGCAACUGGUGAAAAAAUAAUGAAAAUGGUAAACAUCUUCAACAAACGAAUUUUAAUUAUGUGUAACGGAGAAGCCCCUCGUCGCGUCGACGCCUCAAAAAAUACGCAUCGCUCCAACAAUUGAUCUGUCAACAUCGGUUGUCACUGUCAUGGUGACUGCCACGGAGCGACAGGAGGAUGACUUGAACAAAUUGUAGCAGAGAGAGCGAAAUCGUUUAAGCCACCCGGUGAAAAUAUUUUCUAGCUAUUCGAUCGUAAAUAAUCUAAACUUUAUCCUAAUUUGUUCUAACAAUAAGCAAAAUUCAGUGCAUUUGCAGAAUCAGAAUUCGCACUAAGAAAUAUGUAUGUGUCCUAUACUGAAUUGUUUAUUUAACGCUUGAACUCCUAAUAUUGAUCGAUUACAAUUUGCAGUUGCAGUUAGACCCUAAGCUAUCAGUGAAAUCGAACCUAAACACCUUUCCAAUAGAAUUAAUCAGGAAAGCUCUGAGGUAAUUUCCCACUAAGUACAUCAUGAUAACAGUUAUUAUAAGUUAAAGAUGAAUUUGCACCAUUUAGGUUCUUGCUUGCUACAGCGUUCUUUGUGACACGAUCCAUAAAAGCGGUCCUGGAUCUCACCAAAAAUCUUAAAGCUACACCCACAAUCAAAGGUUUGCUUCAUUAAGAUUUGGUGAAACGUCACUCACAAAUUUCUUUAAGAUUUUUGUACGUGGUGCCAUGGAAGCUGGACGUCACAGUAAAACUGCCGGAGAACAUCAUUGCAAAAAAUGCAACCGGCGAGAUUCAGCGGAAGCCCAUAUGGUGGCGUGCGAUCAAUGCCACGAAUGGACCCACUUCGGCUGUGCUGGAGUUGACGAGUCUAUUAAAGAUCGCAAGUACGUUUGCAACGUUUGUGAAGCAUUGGAAGGAGUUGCAAGUGGUAUGCAACAGCUCAAACCACCCGGUGCUGACAACAAAUCGACGAAAUCAUCCAAGCGGACGAGGAAAUCCCAAAAUACGUCCGUACCGAGCAUGACCUCUAGUGCUCGAGAAGCUCUGUUGGCCGCCCAAAUGAAGAUGGUAGAAGAGCGGCAACUGCUAGAAGAACAAGCGCUGAAGGAACAGGAAGCGAUCAGGUUCAAGCAAAUGGAAGAAGACCGCCGUCAAUUGGAAGAAAAACGACGACUAUCCGAAGAAGAAAGACUGUUACGAGAACGUCAGCUUCAGGAAGAGAAGGCCUUUCAAGCUAAGCAGCAGCUCAUCAGGCAGCAGUCGCUAGACAAAAAGCAUGAACUUCUUCGUCAGAUGGCAGAAGCAAGCAGCCGGCACGGAUCAAUUGUGGACUCGCGCGGAAAAGUAUCAGACUGGUUAGCAGAACAGCGUGCGGUCGUUGACAACGAGUGUGAUGCUGGUGCAGUCGAUCCCUUUACAGAUCGACCGGAGCGGAAUGACCCAAUGAUUCAAUCAGAGAGAAACGAUGGAGCACUGCCGCCGCUGCCGUCGCCUUCGGUGGGGAUGCAACCUAGUAGGUCGAAUUUUCAAGCCCAAGUAUCAGUGCACCAGGAGAGAUCAGCGAUACCCAUUCGUGCUCAAAAUGAACCAUUAGCCGACUACAUGCCUAGAAGUUCAAUUCCGACAGUGCUGGGAGCGAAUCACUUUGCUGCUCGACAAGUCAUAGGCAAAGAAUUGCCCACUUUUAGUGGAAACGCGGAAGAUUGGCCCAUAUUCAUAAGCUGCUUCGAGCAGUCAACCGAGGCGUGCGGAUAUUCGGACGCGGAAAACUUGAUCCGACUCCAAAGGUGCCUUAAGGGACAUGCCCUGGAAUCCGUUCGGAGCCGUCUACUACUGCCAUCGAGUGUUCCUCACGUCAUAAGCACACUAAGGACCCUGUACGGUAGGCCUGAAUUGUUGGUUCGGUCCUUAAUAGAAAAAGUACAUCGAGUUCCCGCGCCGCGACAAGACAGACUGGAGACGAUCAUGGAGUUUGGCCUGGCAGUACAAAACUUAGUUGACCAUCUCACCGCCGCUCACCAAGAGAACCACCUUGCCAACCCGACACUCAUGCAAGAGUUGGUCGAAAAACUACCUGGCCCUCUGAGACUAGAUUGGGCAGUCCAUAAAGGCCAACAUACGAAUGUCACCCUGCGAACAUUCGGCGAAUUCAUGUCUCGCCUAGUCACGGCUGCUAGUGAAGUGACAUACGAUCUACCGGUGCAAGGAAAACCUUUUAGAAACGAGAAAGUCAAGUCGAAAGAUUGGGGAAUGGUGCAAGCUCACACUGCAGUGCAGCAUACCCCGGAACGCUGGAGCCGAGAUCACCGAAAAACGAGCAAACCAUGCGCAUUGUGUGAACAUGAGGGUCAUCGGUUGUACGAGUGUCCUCAAUUCAAAUCGUUCAAUAUGGAUGAACGAUGGAAAUUCGUGCAGCAAAACGGCAUCUGCAGAACUUGUCUGAACGCCCAUGGGAACUGGCCAUGUAAAUCCUGGCAAGGGUGUGGUCAUCAAGGAUGCCGUCUAAAGCAUCAUACACUGCUUCAUCCAUCUAAUCCAGCUGCAACUCAUUCGGUUAAUGUAUCCUCGAGACACUUGGAUUGGAAGGAAAAACAGUUCCCGAUAUUUCGAAUCAUCCCCGUCGUUCUGAAAUUCGAUGGUCAGUCAGAGACGGUAUUCGCUUUGAUUGAUGAGGGUUCCUCAUUGACUCUUCUGGAAAAAUCGGUCGCUGAACAACUACAAGCUGUUGGUCCCACGGAGGCACUAACUCUUCAGUGGACCGGCAACAUUACCCGAGAAGAAAACGAAUCACAGAAGGUUCAACUGGAAGUAGCUGGAAAGGGUAGUUCCAAUUAUCAUCGACUGAUCAAUGUUCAUACCGUCGACGGUUUGGUAUUGCCCACUCAAACGUUAAAGUUUCGAGAGCUCGCGCAGCAAUUUCCUCAUCUACGUGGAUUACCUAUAGAAGAUCAAGAGCUGGUGCAACCCAAACUUCUAAUUGGUUUAGAAAACCUGCGGCUUAGUGUACCACUAGCUAUUCGUGAAGGUUCGGCGGGACAACCGAUUGCUGCAAAAUGUCGAUUAGGAUGGGGCGUUUAUGGAUGUACUUCGGGAUUCCCAGGAGGGCAAUCUGUUAUCAAUUUCCAUAUAAGUGCCACAUCUGACUCGGAUCGCCAGCUGAACGAGCAACUACGUGAUUAUUUUGCCCUAGAUGGAACAGGCGUAACAGCAGCAGGCGAAAAACCAGAAUCAGAGGAGAACAAAAGAGCGAUACGCAUAUUGAAGGAAACAACAAGGAGGACACUACGUGGUUUCGAAACUGGAUUACUUUGGAACACCGAUAGUCCGAACUUUCCAAAUAGCUUUUCGACUGCCCUACGUCGUCUACAAUCACUGGAACACAAACUUCUGAAACAGCCAGAACUGAAGAAACGUGUGAAUGAACUGAUCUACGAAUACGAAGCGAAAGGUUACGCACACAGGGCUACACAUCACGAAAUGCAAUUCUCGGAUCAAUCACGCGUCUGGUAUCUCCCAUUGGGAAUUGUCACAAACCCAAAGAAACCAGAGAAGGUCAGGCUCAUCUGGGAUGCUGCAGCUAAAACCAACGGCAUCUCACUGAAUUCUAAAUUGCUCAAAGGCCCGGAUCUGUUGACACCACUACCGAUGGUGCUCUCCCGCUUUCGCCAGUACCCCGUGGCCGUAAGCGGAGACAUACGGGAGAUGUUUCAUCAGCUCGCCGUCAUUGAAUCUGAUCAGCAAGCACAACGUUUCCUGUGGCGCGAAGAUCCGGAAAAGGAACCACAAGUUUAUGUUAUGGACGUCUUAACGUUUGGCUCGAUGUCUUCCCCUGCAUCUGCUCAGUACGUUAAGAAUCUUAACGCUUCUGAAUUUGUUAACGACUACCCACGUGCAGCGGCAGCCGUCCAGGAAAACCAUUACGUGGACGACUACCUUGACAGUUUUGCCACGGUGGAGGAAGCGAUCCGAGUAGUGAAUGAGGUGAAACAUAUUCAAUCGAAAGGUGGUUUUCAGCUGAGAAAGUUCAAGUGCAAUGAAGUAGCCGUUCUGCGAGGAAUAGGAGAGCUUUCGGACGACGAAUGCAAAGAGUUGCUACUGGAAAGAGGAGAUCUGAUUGAGUCGGUGCUUGGGAUGCAGUGGAUGCCCCGCGAUGAUGUAUUUGUCUACUCGUUUACGCCGCGUAAAGAUCUGCAGGAAAUCCUCCGCCCGGAUCAUGUUCCCACGAAGCGGGAGGCACUAAAAGUUGUUAUGAGCCUGUUCGAUCCGUUAGGCUUCAUUUCAUUCUUUUUGGUGCACGGAAAGGUGUUAAUUCAAGAAAUUUGGGCGUCCGGGUCUGAAUGGGAUCAACCUAUAAACAAUGAGCUUAGUGAACGUUGGCAUAGAUGGAUUGCAAUGUUCAGCCAGCUAAAACAGUUGCAGAUUCCCCGGAGCUAUUUUACUUCGCCAAUUCCAAAUGAUUUGAAUAGCUUACAAAUUCAUAUAUUUGUUGAUGCUAGCGAAGCGGCUUACUCAUGUGUCGGGUAUUUCCGUUUGGUGGCCGAAGCAAGUGUGCAAGUCGCUUUGAUCGGGGCCAAAACAAAGGUAGCCCCCUUAAAAACCUUAUCAAUCCCCCGGCUUGAACUCAAAGCGGCUGUUCUUGGCGCUCGGUACAUGGAAUCAGUGCAGACAAACCACUCGUUUCCUAUAGCGCAGAAAUUUUAUUGGAGUGAUUCUAGCACUGUACUAGCGUGGAUCAGAUCGGACCACAGACGGUACAACAAGUUUGUGGAGCUGCGAAUUGGAGAGAUCCUGACACUGAGCGAUCCAUCGGAGUGGAAAUGGAUACCAUCUAAAACCAACGUAGCGGACCUUGCAACGAAGUGGAACAAAGGUCUCAGUUUCCAACCUGGUAGCGAAUGGUUCCGAGGGCCAAACUUCCUGUACGAGCCUGAAAUAACGUGGCCACAACAACUUCCGCCUUCCACAACACAAGAAGAGAUGAAACGUUGCCACACUCAUUGGACUCCUACUCCGCUGAUAGAAACGAGUAGAUUCAGUAGCUGGACUAGACUGCACCGAACUAUGGCCUACGUUCUCCGCUUCAUAGAUAACCUACGUCACAGGAGGAAUCGCCAUCCAUCUAUUGCAGGCGUGCUGCAACAAGAAGAGUUGAAAAGAUCGGAGCAACAAUUAUGGAAAAUGGCACAAGUAGAAGCUUUCCCGAAAGAAGUUGAAGUUCUCUCCAAGGCUCGUGGACCUCCAGAAGCGCGUCACCCAACUGUGGCGAAAACAAGCUCCAUCUAUAAAAAUUGGCCUUUCAUUGACGAGGAUGGUGUACUUCGUAUGCGUGGUAGGUCGGGAUCUGCCUUCUAUGCUCCCGCUGAAGCCCGAUAUCCCACAAUUCUCCCAAGACAGCAUCACAUCACUACAUUAAUCAUUGAUUGGUACCACGGCCAUUACCAACACGCCAAUCGGGAGACAGUAGUGAAUGAAAUUCGCCAACGAUUUGAAAUUCCUAAACUUCGUGCGCUUGUUGGUAAGGUUGUUAGAAAUUGUGCUAAAUGUCGCGUAGCGAAGGCCAUGCCGAACUAUCCUCCUAUGGCAUCUCUCCCAGAGGCUCGGUUGUCGACGUUUGUACGGCCGUUCACAUUUGUAGGGCUUGAUUACUUUGGGCCAAUCCUAGUUCGCGUUGGCAGAAGUGUUGCGAAGCGCUGGAUAGCACUUUUUACAUGCUUAUCCAUUCGUGCCAUACAUUUAGAAGUUGUACAUAGCGUUUCAACCGAAUCGUGCAUUAUGGCAGUUCGACGUCUUAUAGCACGACGUGGGCCACCUGUGGAAAUAUACUCCGAUAAUGCUACGUGCUUUCAGGGAGCAAGUAAUGAGUUGCAGAAGGAAAUAAAUGAGACGCUAGCGUUGACCUUCACCAGCACAAACACCGCUUGGAAAUUCAUACCGCCAGCAGCGCCCCACAUGGGUGGCGUUUGGGAACGCCUGGUGCGUUCGGUUAAAGUCGCGAUUGCGUCGAUAAACGAGACAUGCCGGAAACCUGAUGACGAAACACUCGAAACAAUCAUCCUUGAUGCCGAGGCCAUGAUCAACGCAAGGCCUCUCACAUACGUGCCACUGGAAUCCGCAGAUAACGAAGCGAUAACUCCAAAUCAUUUCCUUCUGGGCAAUUCAACAGGUGUAAAGCUGGCACCAAUGGAACACCUUAGCAAGCCUUCAAUACUCCGGAGUAGUUGGAAGUUAGCACAACACAUUACGAAUCAGCUAUGGACUAGGUGGAUCAAGGAGUAUCUCCCCGUCAUAACCAGAAGGUGUAAGUGGUUCGAGGAAGUAAAAGAGUUGGUGGAAGGGGACUUAGUACUGAUUGUAGGAGGUUCUUCAAGACAUCAAUGGACUCGCGGACGAGUGGAAAAGGUGUUUUAUGGACGUGAUGGGAGAGUGCGUCAAGCACUGGUACGCACGUCCUCUGGUGUAUUACGAAGGCCAGCAGUGCGUCUAGCUAUUCUCGAUAUUGAAUGCAGUGGUAAACCCAGCGAUGAACGCAAAGACCUGGGGAAUCAUCAGCAGGAUUUACGGGAAGGGGGAUGUAACGGAGAAGCCCCUCGUCGCGUCGACGCCUCAAAAAAUACGCAUCGCUCCAACAAUUGAUCUGUCAACAUCGGUUGUCACUGUCAUGGUGACUGCCACGGAGCGACAGGAGGAUGACUUGAACAAAUUGUAGCAGAGAGAGCGAAAUCGUUUAAGCCACCCGGUGAAAAUAUUUUCUAGCUAUUCGAUCGUAAAUAAUCUAAACUUUAUCCUAAUUUGUUCUAACAAUAAGCAAAAUUCAGUGCAUUUGCAGAAUCAGAAUUCGCACUAAGAAAUAUGUAUGUGUCCUAUACUGAAUUGUUUAUUUAACGCUUGAACUCCUAAUAUUGAUCGAUUACAAUUUGCAGUUGCAGUUAGACCCUAAGCUAUCAGUGAAAUCGAACCUAAACACCUUUCCAAUAGAAUUAAUCAGGAAAGCUCUGAGGUAAUUUCCCACUAAGUACAUCAUGAUAACAGUUAUUAUAAGUUAAAGAUGAAUUUGCACCAUUUAGGUUCUUGCUUGCUACAGCGUUCUUUGUGACACGAUCCAUAAAAGCGGUCC